AUGGUUUUUCUCCAAAUUAUUUCAGACCUGCACCUGGAAGCACCCAAGGCAUACGACGUCUUUCAGAUUGCACCCAAGGCGCCAUAUUUAGCUCUUUUAGGUGAUAUCGGCUGUCUCACUCGGGAUUUCGACGACUACACCAACUUCCUCCUUGUCCAACUAGGCCAGUUCAAGACAGUGUUCCUCCUUCUUGGCAACCACGAGCCAUAUCACUCGAGCUGGUCAACAGUAAACGAAUCAAUGGCCAGGUUCCAGGAGAACGUCAAAGCGAGACGGGAGACCGGUGAAACUCUCGGUGAAUUUGUCUUGCUUGACCGAACAAGAUUUGAUAUUGAUGUGGGAGAUGAUCAAGUGACAAUACUGGGGUGUACGUUAUUUUCCAACAUACCCCCUGAGUCGCACGAUCAUGUAAGUCUCCGGUUAAACGACUUCUAUUACAUUGAAAAAUGGGAGGUCGAGAAGCAUAACGAGGAACACCAGCGUGAUGUGCAAUGGUUGAGUUCACAGUUAGAAGAGCUCAGAGGAUCUGCAAGGAAGGUUGUCGUGCUUACACACUACAGCCCGACUACCGACAGUCGGGCGAAAGAUCCUCGGCACAGUAAAAGCCCGAUCGAAGCCGCGUUUGCGACGGAUCUGCACGACUCUCCAAUGUGGCAAAACGAAACAGUCAAGUUAUGGGCUUUUGGUCACACGCAUUACAACUGCGACUUCGAGGACGACCUGGGAAAGCGACUGUACACAAACCAGCGAGGCUAUUAUUUCAGUCAGGCUGCUGGCUUUGAUGCCACUAGGGUGAUCCAGGUCUAG